UUCAUCUUUGUUAAUAAGCGAUCACGCGGUCGAUCUACGUUAUCGUUGAUCGGUUGCUCUUACGCUAUAUAUUAAAAACUGUGAGAAAAACGAGUCGGUGUAGCGGGGUGUCCGCCGUCCGGCGUCAUGGAGGAGAGUUGGUAACGAUUGUGCUCGUAAGCGGUGUCCGUGCCUCGUUCAACCGGGACCUUCUCGUUUCGUUCGUUUCAACUCGCGUCUAAAUCGUUGCUAAUAGUUGUCGCGUUCAAUCCUAAUCACCGACGAACGCUUUACAAUAUUCUGUUAUACAGUUAGUGUUGAUUCGUGCACGUUUCUCGCAUCGGAAACCUAAACCGAAUACGUGUAAUACAGAUACACGGCAAGAAAAGCAAAAUGGUGUUAGCGGACGAGUUUGCUGGUGACGGAGUCGAUUUGUACGACGAUGUAAUAGCAGCCCCUGCUGGCGGUAACGGCGGUGUGUCUACAGGAAACAGUGGGGAUGGUGGAGGCGAUACUACGUCGCCUAAUGAAGAAACAAACGGUAGCGCGCCUUAUCAUCAACUUGGAAAUAAUAUUCAGCCAAAUCAAAUUGGAAGACGUCAUCAAUUAUACGUUGGCAAUUUAACUUGGUGGACGAGCGAUCAAGAUAUAACCGAUGCGGUACAAAGUAUCGGUGUGUCUGAUUUCGUUGAAGUAAAGUUCUUCGAAAACCGAGCAAAUGGACAAUCCAAGGGUUUCUGUGUUAUAUCUCUUGGUUCGGAACAAAGUAUGAGGAUAUGUAUGGAAAGAUUACCAAAAAAAGAAUUACAUGGCCAGAAUCCAGUAGUAACAUUUCCAACUAAACAAGCUUUGAAUCAAUUUGAGUCUCAGUGUAAAACACGUCCAGCUCCGGCUCCACAGCAGAGUCAGAGUCAACGCCCCCAUAAUCCACAUCAACAUCAACCACCAAUGCCACCUCAUCAACAGCAUCCACAACACCCCCAACACCCUCAACAUUCGCAACAAAAUCACGGUCCUAGGAUGAUGAUGGGUCCUCCACAGGGCGUGAGACCGCAAAGAAUGCCACCCCCCGGUAUGGGUCCGCCAGGUCCAGGUGGACCAGGUCAACAAGGUCCACCGCGUAUGCAUGGUCCGCCGAUGGGUCCUGGUCCAGGACCGCAUCAUCCUUUACCAGGGCAUCCUAAUCAGGGACCGCCACCCCCUGGAUAUCAACAGGGGCCAUGGAACGGUCCAAGACCUAACGGCCCACCCGGGCCACCGAGAGGUCCGAGUGGACCUGGUGGUCCACCUCAGCAAGGACCACCUGGACCAGGUCCUGGUCAACAUCGACCACCUGGAAUGAGUUGCACUAGAGACCUUUCAGAACCCAGUUACCAUAUACCACAGCAAUUUCACGGCGGUCCACCCGGUCCGCCUGGUCAAGGACCGCCUCGCGGUCCACCCGGACAUCCUGGUGGGCCUCCAGGUGAUCCAAGAGGUGCUCAGCCACGCCCUGAAUGGAACAGACCACCAGGAAUGCAUCACGGGCCUCAGGGACCACCAGGUUUCCCUCAACAUCAACAUAUGCAAGGGCCGCAACCUGGUCAAGGCCCACCACAGAGAGGACCUCCUCCAGGUUCUAUGGGUGGAAUGUUACCAGGUCCAGGGGGACCCCCACCUGGUCAUGGAGGACCACCUCAGGGGCCACCGCAAGGACCACCAGGAGGACCAGCACCGCACGUGAAUCCAGCAUUCUUCCCCCAAGGCCCACCUCACCAACAUCCAGGACAACAUCCACCAGGUCCGCCUGGUCCACCUCACGGGCCACCUCAUGGUCCUCCUCAUGGACCACCUCACGGUCCCCCUCACGGACCCCCACACGGUCAACCUCAUGGCCCUCCUCAUGUACCACCACAUGGGUACGGACCACCUGCGACACAGCCACCAUAUGGCGCACCAGGACCUGAUCAUCGACCCGAAGGUCCUCCUCCACUGACAGAGCAAGAAUUUGAAGAAAUAAUGAGUCGAAAUAGAACAGUUUCUUCCUCCGCGAUCGCUCGAGCGGUAUCAGAUGCUGCGGCAGGAGAAUACGCGAGCGCCAUAGAGACCUUGGUCACGGCCAUUUCUUUGAUAAAGCAAUCGAAAGUCGCUGCAGACGACAGAUGCAAAAUUUUAAUCAGUUCUCUUCAAGACACUUUACGCGGCGUUGAAACCAAGAGUUACGGUUCCGCACGAAGAGAACGAUCGCGUUCACGCGACAGGGAACGCAGUCAUCGAAGGAGGCGCGAGCGAUCGAGGAGUCGUGACAGGGAAUACAGAGAAAGGAGCAGGGACAGGGAUAGAGAGCGUGACAGAGAACGCGAUCGUGAGAGGGAGAGGGAUCGUGAUCGUGACAGGGAACGAUAUUACAGUGAACCAUAUCCACGAGAGAGAUCACGAAGCAGAGAGAGGGAUCGCGAGCGCGAAAGGGAUCGCGAAUAUAGAGAACGAAGCAGAGAAGAAAGUACAACACGUCAGUCAGCCAGGCCAAGAGUAAAAGAAGAACCGCCAGAGACGCCUCCCGUCUCGUCUUCCAAGGCGUCUAGGUAUUAUGACGAUCGCUACAGAGAGCGUGAACGAGACAGAGAUCGAGAACGAGAAUCAAGCCGGAGACCCUCGGAGAGAGAACGAGAACCAGAGCGUGAACGGGAACGAGAACGAGAAAGAGAUCGUCGUGAUGAACGUGGAGACUCAUCGCAUCGUUCGAGACAUUAGAACAUAAUACACGGCAAAAAAAGGAUUCUCAAUGAAAGAGGAGAACUGCAAGACACGGUAGUAGAGCAGCAUCGCAGGAUCUCGUUGUUAGUUCCCGUGGAAACUCGUCGUUUCGUGAAGACUACAAACGAAACGAAUUCAAGAGGACACACGUUUAUUCCGUUCACCUGUCUUUAAAAGUAUCUUAACACUUUCCUGACCAACUCAACGACAAUUUGUCUCAAAACGACACAACUCGUAUGCUUUGAAAGCUCUCUUAAUUCUAUUUGACGUUCGAUUUAGCAGUGUAACGUGCUUUCAUUUCUAAAUCUUGUGGAAUUAAGUCAUAAAAUUUUGAAAAAGCAUCCCUGCUUUCUAUAAGUAAGUUCAAUGCUCGCGAUUCUCGCAUCAUGUUAACGUCUAUUUUUGGAUGUGCGACUGACUGUUUACCCGUAUGUAAAGCGUCUGAAAAUAGAAGUUUGGUCAGAACAGUGUUGAGCCAGUUUCGGAUAUAUUUCGAAUCUACAAACUUACCGCGAAUUUUACCAAGUUACCGUACGGGUUCUCAAUGGGAUUCUCAUACAUAUACACGUAUAUAUACAUACAUAUAUGUAUAUGUAUAUCGGGACGCUGUAGAGUUUUACGUACAUAUUUCUUUCAAAGUCACCAGUUUAUUCUCCCUUUUUAUGCAGCGUACACUAUAUAUAUAUAUAUAUAUAUUACACUGAUAACGCAAAUGAAACGUGUACACACUCAGCAUAUGCAUACAUAUAUCUCUAUGUAACGUUUAAGAAGAGUAUACGUUUAGUUUCAAGAGAGCGAUACGCGGUGUGUUAUCGAUAAAAAUUACACAGAUAAGCGGGACAAGGCCACUGCGAGGGUUGUUAAACAAGGUCGUGUUUAGUUGCGGUUUACAGACAAGUUGAAGAAGCACACGCGCUACCUGGAGAAUGAUGCUGCAGCUGCUGGCCCCCGGGAAGAACGAAGACGACUACCCUCUGUGUGGACUCAUCAAUCUUCUGAAGCUCCGCAACGAUGCAAGAUUGUAUCUUAAUAUAAUACAUAUAUACGCUUUCAAAAAAAAAAAGAAAAAUAUAC